CGGGGGCCGCCGCGCUCGCCCCGCCGUCCCGCCCCGGCCGCGGGGGCCGCCGACAUGGACACCAAACAUUUCCUGCCGCUCGACUUCUCCACCCAGGUGAACUCCUCAUCCCUCAACUCCCCCACGGGGCGUGGCUCCAUGGCCGCCCCCUCGCUGCACCCCUCUCUGGGGCCUGGCAUCGGCUCCUCGCUUGGCUCCCCGGGACAGCUGCACUCGCCCAUCAGCACGCUGAGCUCCCCCAUCAACGGCAUGGGCCCACCCUUCUCGGUCAUCAGCUCCCCCAUGGGCCCCCACUCCAUGUCGGUGCCUACCACGCCCACCCUGGGCUUCGGCACCGGCAGCCCCCAGCUCAGCUCCCCCAUGAACCCCGUCAGCAGCAGCGAGGACAUCAAGCCGCCGCUGGGCCUCAAUGGUGUCCUCAAGGUCCCGGCCCACCCCUCAGGGAACAUGGCGUCCUUCACCAAGCACAUCUGUGCCAUCUGUGGGGACCGCUCCUCAGGCAAGCACUACGGAGUGUAUAGCUGUGAGGGCUGCAAGGGCUUCUUCAAGCGGACGGUGCGCAAGGACCUGACCUACACCUGCCGCGACAACAAGGACUGCCUGAUCGACAAGCGGCAGCGCAACCGCUGCCAGUACUGCCGCUACCAGAAGUGCCUGGCCAUGGGCAUGAAGCGGGAAGCCGUGCAGGAGGAGCGGCAGCGGGGCAAGGACCGGAACGAGAAUGAGGUGGAAUCCACGAGCAGCGCCAACGAGGACAUGCCAGUGGAGAAGAUUCUGGAGGCGGAGCUGGCUGUGGAGCCCAAGACUGAGACGUACGUGGACGCGAACAUGGGGCUGAACCCCAAUUCGCCCAACGACCCCGUCACCAACAUCUGCCAGGCUGCGGACAAGCAGCUCUUCACUCUGGUCGAGUGGGCCAAGCGGAUCCCGCAUUUCUCUGAGCUGCCCCUGGACGACCAGGUCAUCCUGCUCAGGGCAGGCUGGAAUGAGCUGCUCAUCGCCUCCUUCUCCCACCGGUCCAUCGCCGUGAAGGACGGGAUCCUUCUGGCCACCGGACUGCACGUCCACCGGAACAGUGCCCACAGCGCGGGGGUGGGCGCCAUCUUCGACAGGGUGCUGACAGAGCUCGUGUCCAAGAUGCGGGACAUGCAGAUGGACAAGUCGGAGCUGGGCUGCCUGCGUGCCAUUGUCCUCUUCAACCCGGACUCCAAGGGGCUCUCGAACCCGGCAGAGGUGGAGGCACUGCGGGAGAAGGUCUACGCGUCCCUGGAGGCGUAUUGCAAACAUAAGUACCCCGAGCAGCCAGGAAGGUUUGCCAAGCUGCUGCUCCGCCUGCCGGCCCUGCGCUCUAUUGGCCUCAAGUGCCUGGAACAUCUCUUCUUCUUCAAACUCAUCGGAGACACGCCCAUCGACACCUUCCUCAUGGAGAUGCUGGAAGCCCCCCACCAGAUGACUUAGGCCCCAGCCUGUCCUUCGCACCCACCCACCCACCCACCCGCCGGCCAUUCUGCCCGGCCGAGCCCGCCCUUGCCCCUUCUCCGCCUGGCCUGUUAGGACGUGGGGGCACCGCCUGCUAAGCCUGAGUGUGUGGCCACCUCGCUGUUUUCAGAGCUACUCGUCCACAAAGCUGGCCGUGGCUUUCCCGGGGCGACAGCCGAGCGGCAGGAACUGGCGUGAACCCCGGCCAGGCCCGGCAGGCCCCCCCUGGGUGGCGGGGGCAGCUUCCCCCGGGCCUCGCUGGUGUUUGGAACAUGCCACGCUCCCCUCCUGUGUUUGGAGUGACCUCCGUCGCCUCUUGUCGGGCACCCCCCAGCUGGCAUGCCCCGCCCAGCCUUGGGAGUGGGGCGCAGAAGACCCUCGACCCCCAGAAAGAUGAGGGGGGUUCUGGGGUGAGCAGGCUUCCCUUCCCUCACAGUGAUGGGCGAGCAGCCCCUUUUCCAAAGAUGACUUGCAGUGUGGCCCCUGAGCUGACCAGGCCAGGAGCUGACCUCUGUGUAGGGUUCCGGGGCCCCCUCGAGGCUGCGGGGAUGGGAGUCAUGCACCUCCCCACCUCGCUUUUCUCUUCGCAUUACUGUGGCUUCAGCUUCUCCCUCUGCACAGCCCUGCGCAGGCUGGGGUAACCAGACCCCAUGAGCGGCCCACCCUCAGUUCCAUCUGCUAUUCUAGUCUGCGUGGAGGGCAGGCUACCCCCCGUCUCCGCAGGGCUAGCCCACUGCCCAGCCUUCCUGGAAGUCCUGGGCCAUGCUGACCUGUCGUGGGCAGAGGCUGAGUCUGGGAGGCCCACAGGGAUAGGAGGGCGGGGAUGCUUUCCCCAGAGGGUCUUCAUGCAGCUGUGCACAUUUGGAGGGAGCCAGGAGGCCCAUGGGGGGCGUGCAGGGCCCAAAGGACUUGUAGACACAUAGGCCCAGCAGGAAGGGGCGAGUGGGGCUGCUUCCUGGAGCUGUUGGCAGGGAGGCCCCCUACGCUGGCUGCCUGUUGUGUGUAGGAGACUCUUGGAAUCGGGGACUGUUGUGGCCAGCGUCCUCGGGCCUGCAGCUAGAUGGCCCUCGGGGACAGCCAGCCCGGCUGUUGUCUCGUCUGGGUGACAGCCGCAUGUGGGCCUCCUUCAAACGCCUGCUCCGGUUGACGGCUCCCCAGUCCAGCGCUGCACCUGCUUCUGUAGCAUUUCCACCGACCCGGGCGGGGCGCUGCGUUCUGGGGCAGGGUGCUCUGAACUCUGGGCGCGCAGGGGCUCUCUCAGGUUGAACUGGCUUCUUUUGCACUGUAAUGUCCUCCUUUUGGUCUGAGUCCUUUCCAAUCUUAUGCCUCAUACUCCACGAACCCAGCGUUUGUCCUUGGAGGGAGGGGGUUGCUGAGCAGGGAUGGUGGGGUGGGGGUGAUGCGGGCAGCUCCUGUCUUCGCGGCCCCUGAGGGGAUGCUUUGUAGCCCUGGCUUCCCUCCUGCUGCCCCCACGAGCAGCCCUGGGAGGGGGGUGCCUUCCCCAGAGCCUGGUUCCCCAGCUGGUGCAAGGGUGCCCCAGGGGCAAGGCCAGGACAGGCCUCCAGGCCUCCAGCGGGAAGAAGGUGUCCCCUCUGCCUUCCAGAAUCCCCAGCCAAGCUGAAGGUGAGGCACCGGGCGGAGGCUCUAAAGGACUGCACAAAAUCCUCCUUCCUCUGCCGCCCGCCUGCUCGAAACAUGGGGAGGUGUCCCCUGCCCUGGGGGUGGUAUAGGCCGGGCGUGGAGGGUCUGCCCAGCUCUCAGCCUCUCCCGAAAGUCUCAGCAGCCUCUGGGGGCUUAGGUGUGACAGGUGGUGAUGCAGGCAGUCUUGGGAACUUCGUCUUGGGUUCCCCCCAUUGUGGGCACCAUAGACUGCCCCCCACCAACACCCCUGGUGCCUUCUGCAGCCAGACGCACCCCAUCAUCCAUGCCCCGCCCCCUCCUCCCCAGGGGCGUUGGGAAGGUGGGGACCUGCAGUGGAGAAAGCCCGGGACUGGGUCUGUGGGAGGGUUGGCUUCUGCUGGGGAACUCAGCUGUGACGGGCUCCGGGGGCCCCGGCUGCUUGUCCAUAAAGCCCUGAGGCCCCCAGACCACAGCUUCGAGAGCCAGAAGUCCCAGCCCGGCCGGCCCGCGGGCACAGCGCCGUGGGUGCGUGGGGCUGUCCUGCGUUUUCAUCCCUCAGCUGUCCUUGUCACGCAUUCAGUGCUGUUGGAGGAGGUGGCUGAGUGGGGAGAUGCACAUGGCUCAGUAGAGAGGUAGGAGGUUUAUUUAACCAGACCGAUAGUAGUGUUACCAAUGUGGUUCAAUUAAGGUGAUUUUUGUAAUUAUUUUUAUUAUUAUUAUUAUUUUGGUGGGACAAUCUUUAAUUUUCUAAAGAUAGCACUAACAUCAGCUUGUUAGCCACCUCUUGCCCAUCCCCGCCGCAGCCCGGCCAGGUGCUGCCUGGGCCCCGGGCAUCCGUGCCUCCGGCGCGUGUGUGACCUGGGGCCGGGGCUCCGCAGCCGGGGAGCGAAGAUGACCACGCCGUGUCCGCAUGGAGCCAGCUAAGCCCAUCGGGCACCUUGGAUGGACACCAGCCUGCCCUCAGCCCCGGGAAGCAUGUGGCCUCAGGCGGAGAUGGCCUCGUGCACCCCGGCUUGCCAUGUCUCCAUGCCCCUAAAGGAUUCAGGCCUGCGGCCAGUGCGGACACCACGCUGGAGCCCCUGGUCUGCGGGGGCCACCAGCAGGGCCCGGCCAGCGCGUGGCCACUGGGUAAUCGGCUGACGUUGUCCCCAUCAUGGAAUUCGGGCGCAUGGCCCGCUCCCCGUCCAUGUAGGUGUGCGGCCUGCCAUGUCUGUGCUGUCGGAGAAACUGCGUGGGGCUGCACACCGUCGACGCACAGCACAUGCAGAGCAGUUACCAACGUUGUGUCUUUAUUUGUAAUUAAGACUUUCCCCCAUUUUCCUAUCCAUUUGCUUCGUGUAAGCAAGUACAUAAGGACCCUCCUUUGGUGAAAUCCGGGUUCGAGUGAAUAUCUCAAGGCAAGGAGUGCAUCUAUUUUAAGAUGCUUUGGAGCAAGCAGCUUUAUCAGUCCCCCAUCCUUAGCAAUGCCUUAGCUGGGACACGCAGCGAACACUUGAGAGGGUGGCGAGUACAGAGAGUAGAGAUAAAAUGUCUAAAGCAUCGGGAAAGGUAAAAAAAAAAUCUAUUUUUGUACAAAUGUAAUUUUAUCCCUCAUGUAUACUUGGAUGAUGGGGGGGUGGGACUUGUUUUGUUUCUGCUUCUAGAGAUGGAGGAGAGUUUUCUCAGUGAAGGUGCGGAUGCCCCGCUGCGCUGCGCAGACGUCUCCCCUCGGGCAGGUGGGCCCCCGGCGGCCAGGGGUCUCCUCCUCUUCCGAGAGAUUCUUAAAGCCUUGCUCUGUUCUGCCCCUGUCGCCAGCCGGCCUCCCCGAGACUGUUUGACUGUGAACUUACUUCCCUGCGUGAUUGUUGUCUGAACGCCGCCGCCGUGGGUGCCGGGCACAGACGAACAAUGGUGUCAGAACGUGGAAAGGAAAACACAGAAAAACGUGAGAGGAGAAACAAAAUAUGAGCGUUUAAGAAUA